CUCCAUUCGCGGAUCCCUCGCACUUUAGACGACAAAAAACUUGGCAACACUAUUGAGCAUCAGCGUUCAACAACAAGAAAGAUCUUUUAGUUUGGCGCCGAAACCCAACUCGAUUAAUCCUCAUCCGAAGUAACACGUGAGACUCUCUCGUGACUGUUGGAGCAUCAUCUUGCGCCUAGGAUUUGUCCGCCAGCGGUUGGCCUUAGCCGCGACCAAUGGCUCAAAGAUCUGUCAAGCCAGCGGCUUUGGGACGAUCAAUAUAGCCCCACCCACAAUCACGUGGCCAACGAGCCAUUGUCUGAGUCCAUCGGGUUGGAUUUUGUCGUCAUUGGCCCGAAAUUGCCGGAUUCACACCAUGAGUGCCAAGCAAAAAAGUAUCACAUCCUUCUUUACCAAGAGCCCUGGGGGAUCAGCCAAAAUGGCGGUGCCACCCGCCCGAAUUUCGCCCGUGAAUUCGGCCAAACGAUCCGCUCGAGCAAUGGCUUCUGCCUCUUCCGAUAGCGACGGCGAUAAGUCCAUUGAUUCGCCCAUCAAGGCCACCAAACGUGCCCGGAAGAAAAAGGCCGUGAUUGAGUCUUCGUCUGAGGACGAACCCGUGCCAACGACGGAAAAUCCGGCGGAAGUGAAAGAAAACGAUACCCCCAACAAAUCAAUUGAUAAGGGUGUGGGCCAAGCUCAGGUGGCCACCAAAAUCAAGCUCAAGACCAUCCCUCGCGGGGCCAAGACUGAUCCAGCUUCCAAUAAACGGAAGGUGAAGAAACCAUUAGAUGAGGACGAUGACGUGAGUCUAAGCUUUCCCGGGGAUGAGACCACUGCAAUUCAGAGUCCCACAAAACUAAAGAAGGAAGCAGUUAAAACCGAGAUCACGCCAGUGGUGCCGAAAGAAGAGCCAGCCAAAGAAGAGCCGGCCAAGGAAACAAAAGCCAAACCCCCUGUCGCCAAGAACCCCUUUGCUAAUUUUUUCACGUCGUCCAAGAAGAGCGACAAAACAGAUUCGGACGCGGAUAAUGCCAAAGGAGCGCUUGACUUCCACGAGGCCGUUCAAAAGACGAAAUAUCAUCCCAUCAGCGAUGCCAUGUGGCAGAGAGAUCAAGCCACGCCUUACAUGGCCUUCGCCAAGACCUUGCAGGCCAUUGAAUCCACGAAAGGACGCUUGAAAACCAUCGAGAUUCUCUCCAAUUUCUUUCGAUCCGUGCUAAUUCUGUCACCCAAGGACCUGUUACCGUGUGUGAAUCUUUGCUUGAAUCGCUUGGCCCCAGCCUAUGAGGGGAUCGAGUUAGGCAUUGGAGAAAGUCUCCUCAUCAAAGCUAUCGUCCAGUCCACGGGUCGAAGUGCCGCGCAAAUCAAGGCUGACGCGGCCAAAUUAGGCGAUCUUGGUUUGGUGGCGGAAGCGAGUCGUGGAUCACAGCGUACUAUGUUCAUGCCUGCAGCCCUGACUGUGUCCAAGGUGUUUGAAAACUUGAGAGACAUUGCCAAGAUGUCCGGCCAUUCGGUCAUGAGCCAGAAAGUGAGCAAAAUUCAAUCCAUGCUCGUAUCUUGUCGAGACACUGAGGCGCGAUAUUUGAUUCGAUCUUUGGCGGGUAAAAUGCGCAUUGGCUUGGCUGAGCAAUCGGUUCUACAAGCCUUAGCUCAAGCUUGUGUCAUGACUCCGCCUUGUCAGGAAUUUCCACCCGCCAUCGUAAGCGCUUUUACCGACACAAGUUCAGAGGCCUUCAAAUCAGCAUUGGAAAAUAAUGCACUUAUUCUCAAAACGGCAUAUUGUGAGUGUCCAAAUUACGACAUGGUAAUUCCUGUUUUAAUCGAAGAGGGUAUCUCGAAAUUACCCGAAAAAUGUAAACUGACUCCGGGAAUUCCUCUUAAACCGAUGCUCGCCCAUCCUACCAAAGGUGUCCAAGAGGUUUUGUCUCGCUUCGAAAACGCCAAGUUUACUUGCGAAUGGAAAUACGACGGAGAGAGGGCACAAAUUCACUUGCAUUCGGACGGGAGAAUCAAUGUGUACUCCCGAAAUCAGGAGGAUAACACGUCGAAGUAUCCCGAUGUAAUUACUCGAUUUCACAAUUGCAAAGGUGACAAAGUGGUCUCCUGCGUUUUGGAUUCUGAGGCCGUGGCGUGGGAUCGAGAGAACAAGCAAAUAUUGCCGUUUCAAGUGUUAUCCACAAGAAAGCGAAAGGAUGCCAAUGAAAAGGACAUCAAGGUCCAAGUGGCCAUAUUCGCAUUUGACUUGUUGUAUUUGAAUGGCGAAGCGUUGGUUCGAAAACCCUUCCAAGAGCGCCGCGAUCUACUCAAGAAGCAUUUCCAAGAGGUGGAAGGCGAGUUUUUGUUUGCCAAGUACGCAGAUCCACAAACCAUGGAGGAAGUUCAAGAGGUUUUAGAAGAGUCUGUGAAAGACAAAUGUGAAGGACUUAUGGUGAAGACCCUAGACGUUGAUGCCACGUAUGAGAUUGCCAAACGUUCGCACAACUGGCUCAAACUGAAAAAAGAUUACUUGGACGGCGUAGGGGACACCUUGGAUUUGCUCGUCAUGGGUGGUUAUUUAGGAAAAGGUAAACGCACGGGACAUUACGGUGGAUUCCUUCUCGGCUGUUACGAUCCGGAUAAUGAGGAGUAUCAGACCAUUUGCAAAAUCGGCACGGGCUUUUCCGACGAGGAUUUGGCGCAACAUCAUGCCUUCUUUAAGGACCAUCUCAUAGCUAAAGCCAAGCCGUAUUACUCCUACGAUCCGUCCUUGGUGCCGGACCAUUGGUUUGAACCAGUUCAAGUGUGGGAGGUCAAAGCUGCCGAUUUAUCCGUCUCACCUAUCCAUAAAGCGGCUGCCGGCACAGUUGAUGCAGACAGAGGAAUCUCAUUGAGGUUUCCACGGUACAUUCAAAUUCGCACGGACAAACAGCCCGAAGACAGCACAAGUGCCCAACAGGUGGCUGAUCUGUACAACAGUCAGGAGCAAGUAAAGAACUCCAAGCAAUCUAGCAAGAAGAGCAACGACGAUGACUAUGACUUUUAGUUCUAUCUAUUCACGACUCGGACGGAAGCGAUUGUAAUCACGAAAUUUUCUAAUCCCACGAAACACAAUAUGAGUUCGCCAAUAUGUUUUCAA